UGAGAAUUCCGCUUUCCGUCAAUGGUUGACGACCAGAGAAAGUUGGUAAUUUUUGGAGUAGAGGAAUAAAAGCAAAACAGCUAUUUAUUUAAGAAAUCUUACAUGGUGAGACCGAAUGGCGGCACAUUCUAUUGUUGGUUUCACAAUGGGAAGAAUGGGUUGUGGUGAACUGAUGUGUCAGCUCGAAAAUAUACAAUUCUCUUGUAAUACAGUAUUUACAGGUGAAAGGGUGAGACUGUACUAAUGCUUCUUAGAUUCGUGAUGUUUCUACAACGAUUGACGGUGACGGUAACCUCAGAAUUUAAAAAAAUAAUAAUAACAUGGAUUGAAACAUUCGAAAGGAAGUCGCGGUGCGGCUGCGUGAGUCGUUGAGAAAUGCGCAUGGCAGCCGCAGAUAUAGUCGAUGGUAAUGGUAUGGACUUUGAACAGGAAAGAGAAGAAUUCAGUCAGAGGGUUGCUAUCGUACCCUGUUUCGGCGAGAAGAACUCAGCUGAGAACCGAUCACCGGGACUGUACAGAAAGAUUCUCAUUGACCAAUGUGAAAAUGGCACCGAUCAUUCUCAGCCUUACUGUGUUGUUUUUGGGUUGCCUCGUACAAAGUGGUGAAGCAGAAGCUGUUGUGGAUGUGAUCCACUCACUUACUCAUCAGUUCACCCCCGUCAGUGCUGUGCAUUGGCCUGCCAUUUUGGGCGACGAUCGAUCGCACCGAACGGGAAACAUUGACGGCCGCUUGGAGCGCUCUCUUUUUGGUAGCAGUGGCAGCAGCAGUGCAAGCAGCGGGAUAUGCUCCGAGCAAAGCGAAAUUAGCGAAAAUACCAUCAUCCGCACGAAAGACUCAAGAGCUCUAGGUGCACGAUUUCUAAAUGAAACCAGUCUUGGCGCAGAUGCUCGAGAUCGAUGUCUAAAUCUAUGCUGUGCUUUUCAUGGCUGCAACGUGGCCGUAUACGAAGAAAAGGACGGAGGAAAUUGUUAUCUUUUCGACUGUGGACCAGCCGAGGAUUUCAGAUGCAAGUUCACUUCCCACAGUCAUUACACUAGCGGUGUGAUUCGUCGACGUGAGAACGCCCACGAAGAGGAGCUAACUCAACUUAAAAAGAUCUCAAUGUCUGUUGUCACAACAGUCAAGCCUGUUGUCACCGUUGUAGUUACUAAUCCCUCUACAACUACAGCCCCACCAACAGCUAAGCCAGUGCGAACAUGCAGUCGAUACCAGUUUGAGUGCCACACAACUAGAGAAUGUAUCGCUAUCUACAAUGCAUGUGACGGCAUUAGUCAGUGUUCUGAUGGAAGUGAUGAAGCACCAGAACUUGGUUGUCCGGCCACGACAACGGAGACCUCAACUGCCAGGACGUUAGUAACGAAGCAGCCCGUUAUCGAUGCCAAAAUUUCUCCGGUCGAUAUCCAACAAAAUUUGGUUAUUGCCCAACAUCCGCCCUUAGAUUGGAGGGGUAGUCGAAUUCGCGAUCGAUACAGCGAACAGGAUCAAGUUGCAUCGGUUGACUUGCCACCAAAUACGGAUGUCAAUCACUGGAGAGCAGGACCUGAUAACACGAGAAACUAUGAGCGAUCACACAACCCAUAUCAAACGGGUACAAAUGGAGAAGCAUUGCCAUAUGCAGUUGAACCGGAUCGACCUGUCAAUCCCUACUACAGUCCCGACAUUCGUCAUUACGGAUCAACGUGGACGGAACGACAAGAGCGUCCGAUAAGUAAUGUGAACGAUUAUCGUGCGGCUGACAAUACAUACUACUACGACAAGGAUGCUCGAUCUCCAUACGAUGCCAACGGCAACGUCUAUCCAAGUGUUCGCAAGCACGAUUGGGGACGUAACAACGCGGUCAUUGUGGAUAGCAGCCCGCCCCAGCCCCUACCAGUCGAAACUCGUCCUAGUCAAAUUCAACCGGUACCUCCAAUUGUGUUGGAAAACCCUCACCCAUUAGUAAGCGUUGCUGGUCCUGUCGUGGAAAAAGUCCCUGCAGUUCCAGAACAGAAAGUAGUAAAAACACCAGAACUCACGACUGUACCACCGACGGUUGUAGUACCAACCACAACCACUAUUACCCAGCCGAAAAGCACGAUUUCAGCCAAGAUCAAAUCACCCUCUUUGAUCACUAAACCGGAAAUUGUCGCUAAUCACGCUCACAUUCAUCACUUCAUUGUAAGCCAAGCUGACUUCCAAGAAGAGAAGGCAGAAAGGUCUCGCCAAACGGUCGGCGCAGCUUGGGCACUGACCUUAGGUUUGUCAGUAACAGCAGUACUAGUUCUUCUCGUUGGCUGUCGCCUCAGAUCACUAAAGCGCCACUUACGCCGCGGGCGUAGUGGGCACACGCGUGACGCUGACUAUCUAGUCAAUGGCAUGUAUUUGUAAUGAAGAAAAUUAUGUAGAAAAGAUUUCGUGUUUCGUACGAUAACAACCCCCAUCCAUUUUAGUCUUAAAAGAUCUCGUUGCUGUCUUGCAAAUAAUAAUAAGGACUUUCAAUACACUACGUAUGUUAAAUUAGAA